CAAAAAGAGAGCUAGCAUAUCCUUGAUUCUCAGAAAAUAUCACAGUAGAAUCUUUCCUUAAUUGGCAAAAACAACCUUUUCUUUCUCCAGCUGUCCAUUAGUCUUGUUUCAGUCAUCACACAUAUAGUAGAAACCAGAACAUUAUUGAAGUUUUUGAAAUUUACUCUCUCACUCUUCACACAUAGUAGAAAGAGGUUUGAAGAAAAAAGUGAAAACAAUAUGGUAUCAACAAGGUUAAGUUUGGCCAGAAGAAGUUCUCUUCAACUACAACCAGCAACUACCUCAUCAUCUCCAACACUACAAGAAUGUUGUUACAAGAAAAAAAGGAAUUCCAUCAAAGUCUCUGGGCUUUCCAUGGCCACGGAAGCUCCAGCAGUUCCUUCACCUCCUGUGCCAUCAAAGGAGUCAAAUGGAAAUACUCUUUUGCAAUUAUCGACGAGCACAUUUGCUCCUAUGGUACCAUUGGGAUCAACCAAUGAUCGGCCUUUGCUAAUUCCUUGUGAUGAAGAGGAAGAACAGAGAGAGACAAAGUUAAAGCUAAAUCCUUUAUCACGACUGAAGCAACCAAGAAAAGCACAUACUGGAGUAAAUGAAUAUUCUCCUCAAAUGGAUGAAAUUUCGAAGAAAAUGGUUAUUGAUGUCAAGUCUAUGUUGGUGUCUAAGCUCAUUUAUGGGACGAGUAACGUGAAUGACAUGGUUACUUUUGCCAAUGGUGCUUUCAGCACGUUGAAUUGGCUCGGUGCUGAUUAUAGUUGUUUCUACAAAGCUGUGGAGGAUUUGAUUUCUCAUAAAUAUGAUUUGCAAGUUGCAGAGAGAAAAGGAGCUAUGCUGACUUUUUCAGAAUUGGAGAAGAAAUAUGAAGAGGUUGUUAUUAGUGCUGAUGAUCUUGAAGAGACGAUCAUUUGUACUCAAGCUAAACUAAAAACGGCCAAGGAGAAAAAGGAACAUGUGAAGAGACAAAUUGAGAAGGGAGAAGAAGUAAUCCAUAGAUUGAAAGAAGUGGUUGCUCAUAUUGAACAUGAUGACGAACAUCUGAAACACGAUGAACAAAAAUAUAAAGCAGCACAUAAGACUGCACAAGUCGAGGUAGAAAAACUUGGUGCUCAAAUGGAGGCAGCUAGAGUAAUGCAGAAGGAAAUUGAUGAGUGUAAGAAUGCAGCUCUCGAAGGCAUUUUAUCAGCCACUCGACGCCUUCAGUGUAUGGAUUGAGCUCCUCAUCAUACCUGCAGAGACUAUUUUGGAUUGUUUUCUGAUUUCAGUUGCUCUAGGCUCUAGCAACAGACAGCUCUAUGUAGUAGGAUUCUCUUUAAAUUUCUUACAAUUUGAACUUGUAGAAUGAUCAGAUUGCUUUCUUUUACUUAUCAACUUAUUAUUUCGCUUUU